ACAGUUAGUGUAAGUGAAAUUGAAGCAUUAUAUGAGCUAUUUAAGAAGAUCAGCAGUGCUGUCAUUGAUGAUGGGCUGAUCAACAAGGAAGAGUUUCAGUUUGCUUUAUUCAAGACAAACAAAAAGGAAAGCUUGUUUUCUGAUCGGGUGUUUGAUUUGUUCGACACAAAACACAAUGGAAUAUUAGGUUUUGAGGAGUUUGCACGUGCUAUGUCAGUCUUUCACCCCAGUGCACCACGUGAUGAUAAGAUUGAAUUUUCUUUUCAACUAUACGAUCUCAAGCAGCAAGGAUUCAUUGAGAGACAAGAGGUGAAGCAAAUGGUCGUGGCUACACUAGCUGAAUCUGGCAUGAAUCUUUCAAAUGAUGUAAUAGAAAGUAUCAUUGACAAGACCUUCGAGGAGGCCGAUACAAAACAAGAUGGAAAAAUUGACAAGGAAGAGUGGCAAAGUCUUGUUUUGCGACAUCCAUCUCUCUUGAAGAAUAUGACUCUUCAAUACCUCAAGGAUAUCACUACUGCAUUCCCGAGUUUUAUCUUCAACUCAAAGAUUGCCGAUAAUACCUGAUGUUUUGCAUCCACUUUUUAACUUUAGGAGUCUAUUGAGAAUGGUUUGUUCCUUUCUAAACAACAGUGUGAGCCUCCUGAGAUCAGAGGGCCCAGAAGAAAGCUGGCAGGUCAGAUUGUUUAUUGUUAGGAACAAUGGUUUGUGUUUUUUUUUUCCCUUCUUUCUAUGUUCAGACUCCAAACAUUCUUUACUUCUUUCAGAGUUGAGGUUUUCUGCUUUAGUUAACAAAGUUUGCAUUGGUUUUUUAUGGGGAAUCUUUUCCAUGGGAUGAAAGAAGAAAGAAGGAUACUGUAAUAGAAAAUGAAGGUCAAAACUUUCCCGAA